AUGCUUCGAUUUUUGACGAAGUUUAAAAAAAUCCGCCAUCCGUCUAUGGAAGGAGAGCCAUCGACUUCGACUGUACAGGUACCGAUUGACGCAGACGCUGUUGAAGAAGCGGCAACACCUGAUGAUACACAUGUAUUCAUGGAAGCAUAUGAGUGUGCUAAAAAUAAUUAUCGAUGGGAAAAAGUCGUGUCCGCUAUAUCUACUCAUCCUGAAUGGUUAACACGCAUUCCUGCAGGUCGGCGGUGGACUAUGCUGCACCAGAUUGUUUAUGGUGGCAAUGUCUCACAUUUGAACGAAAUUCUCGCGCUUGAGAUAUCCAACGAAGAAUUUCGUCUUCUGUAUAAAGCAUUAGACGAUAAGACUGUUCGCGAAGUCGCAAGUGAACGUGCGCAUCUCUAUCCUCAAAUGCUUCGACGUAUUGAACGUCUCGUUGCCAUUGAUCAGCUAUUGAAUAAUGCUCGGGAUAGUAAAUGGGAAUUGGUUAAACAAUUUCUUCAUCAACAAGCUGAUAUUGUCAAUGAAAAGCCUCCAUAUAGAAAGUAUUAUCUAGCGCACUAUUUAGCGUAUACGGGUCAAUUGGAGAUCUUUCAAGAAUUACGUGAAAUAUGUAUAUUUAGACUGGACCUAUUUGCCGAUCAUAAAACGAUUAAUCGAGUUGCACGCGAGAACAAUCAUAUUGAGUUUGCUGAGUAUGUCGAACAGCUUUGUCCUGAUAUAAACGAAAUAACAGAGGAAAGUAAUCCUACGACACCAUCAGCAACUGAUGAAGAGUCAGCUCAUGCCACUACGAAUCCAUUUCAGUUGAAUCAUCCAUUGUUCGAUGAUUCAGGUCUGAUGAUAUUUGCGUUGAAUUCAAAUUCAAUUGACUCAGCUGCCAAUUACUAUCAUGAUCAGUAUUCAGCAAGCGCAGCAUCGAAUGCAACUCAUUCUCAGUCAAAUUCAUCGCAUAGUGAGCACGAUAAUGCGAAGAAAUCAAAAGCAUAUAUACCACCUUCAAUGACUGAUGAACAACAAGCGCAAUAUGAAAAGGCGAUAAUAGAAAACAUGAAGAAAUUACCAGCACAUAAUUCUUUUACUUCAGCUAUAACAUGUUGUAUUACCAAAGAAAUUUUCAGAGAGCCAGUGUUAGCUGCUGAUGGUUUUACAUAUGAACGUGAGGCAAUUCUCAAUUGGUUUGAACAGUCGAGUCGAAGUCCAAUGACGAAUGAAGAACUUGAAAAUAAAGAGUUGAAGCAUAAUCAUGCCAUGAAAUCAAUAUUACGAUCACUUUCCGAAACAAACAAAAAUGCCGAAAAGUCGAAUGGCAAAUGA